AUGGCAGGAUAUGGUCACACAUUCCAUUGUAAAGAUGUAAAAAAAAAAAAAAAAAAAAAAAAAAAUCAAAGUGACUACAACCAAAUUCCAAAAACAACGGAUCCAGCUUGCGUGGAAACUUUGGCCUCAGCAAAAGAAACUGCCUCCCAUGUCCGAACCGUCUCCAGCUCCUCCGUCUGCUUCCUGGACAAGGCCACCAGCUACAGAUGCUGGAGAAAUGGACCGGGCCACCCCAGCGCUGAUGCAGGCCUGGCCGUUAGAUACCCAGUGGAGGAUGUUGAGGAGGAGGGGUGUGCCAGGCAAGGAGGGGUGGGGCCUGGAGCAUCCCUAGAGAGAAGCAGAAGUGCGCACGCACGUGGCUGGAAACUCUAG